CCUGGGAGCGAGUGCAGCCUGGAAGACUUCCGGAAGCGGCGCUGAGCUCUCCCGGCAUUCGGUCCUGAGGAAACAACUCCGCGAUCGCCUCCGGGCUGGUCCUGCGACGUGCGGGCCGCCAGGACUUAGGCGGCGGAGCAAACAUGAAUGUUGGAGUUGCCCACAGUGAGGUGAAUCCAAAUACCCGUGUAAUGAAUAGCCGGGGUAUGUGGCUGACAUAUGCAUUGGGAGUUGGCUUACUUCAUAUUGUCUUACUCAGCAUUCCCUUCUUCAGUGUUCCAGUUGCUUGGACCUUAACAAAUAUUAUACAUAAUCUGGGCAUGUAUGUAUUUUUGCAUGCAGUGAAAGGAACACCUUUUGAAACUCCUGACCAGGGGAAAGCAAGGCUCCUAACGCAUUGGGAACAACUGGACUAUGGAGUACAGUUUACGUCGUCACGAAAAUUUUUUACAAUUUCUCCAAUAAUUCUAUACUUUCUGGCAAGUUUCUAUACGAAGUAUGACCCAACUCACUUCAUCCUAAACACAGUUUCUCUCCUGAGUGUACUUAUUCCGAAGAUGCCACAACUACAUGGUGUUCGGAUCUUUGGAAUUAAUAAGUAUUGAAAUGUUAUACAAUUAAACAAAAUUGUUAAAACUACUGAGUUUCUUGUAAGGAAGGAGGAGUUAGUAAAUCACACUGUUGCUGUGGUAGUGUGAAAUGAGAGGUAUUUACAUUGGAGGACCAAUUGCUGGUUCCUUAUAUGCUGUCUUGAAAUGCAGAAUUCUACUAAAAGAUGCCUCUGUUUAUAAUGCAUCUGGUAUAUUUCUGAAAGAGGCUUUAUAAGCAGGUUGGGCAGGCCCAGCUUAUAAGUUAAUGGCAGCACAAUGAAGGUACAGUACAUAAGUCCAAGGAAAUAAGAUAUUUAUAAGAAACUAGGAUCAGCUAUAGUGAAUGGGCAUUAUGUUAGGAAAUCAAAAUUUCCAAUCAUUCAGUCAUGUUUAAGCAGGCUUACAUACAAACCCAAAUCAUCUCCACAUUAAGUUUUUAUUCCCAUACAUAUUCCUCUUACUUUAUAUGAAGACAUACACCCUCUUGCUUUAUAGAAGCUAAUUUUUUUCUUAUGUAUGUGCUGUUAUGGUUUUCCUGGCUUGGUAUUAUUGCAUGUUGAUAAAUGAGUUCAUUUUUGCAUUAUUACAUUGGAGUUCAUGAAGGCCCACCUUCGUGAUUGAUUUGGGGAUAGAACAUAGCCAGGUAUCUUAGAGUCAGUCUCUGAGUCAACAUUCUGAUUUUGGAACAAAGUGGGUUUUGUUGCUUUUCCAGAAACAAAGCUGCUAAACCAAUAAGAAUAAUAAUUUAUUUCAGGUAGUUUAAGUAUAGGUAGUAAAGAGGAAUCUGCUUAUUUGGUUGUACAACGUAGUAAAAAGUCUAUCAUUCUUUAGAAAAAGUAGUACACAAUGGAGCAACCUGUAAUUUAGCAGAAACUGCUUCUCUGGCAGUAGUAAAACGGUCUUUUUUAGCAGGUCUGAAGUAAGAGAUAACAUUGUCUUUUUUAGUCUUCCUGCUUUCAACCUCCAGUUUGUCCAUUAAUAUGUUUCCUGGGUUUUAGUUUAGAUAACCCCAAAUGGUAACUUUUCCCAGGAGCAACUAUAUUGAAUUCUUAUGACUUAGGGAAGCUUCCCAUAGUUGGUAACAUUAAAUGCAAGAAAUAAGGGUAUUCUAUUUUGAGAAGUAAAUGCAUCAAAAAAGUUAUGAUAUAGGAUAAAACUGAAAAGCUCAGUAACAAAAUUGAAGAGUUGUAGACCAACUUGGAAUCAAUUUGUGUCAAUAAACUCCCUUUUACUAGUAGUGAUCAUUGUUUUAUAUUUCAGAAGUAUUGAGUUUAGAAAUCAGUUGUAUGAUACAUACUGCCUUUAUAUGUUUGUCUUUUUCAUGUAUUUUUAAAUAACUGGUAAUCUGUACUUUAAUAAAGUUUUUCCUUGGUGUAAA